AUGAAGAUGCAAUUGAAUGUUUUAAUGAAGCCAUUCUAAAUCUGUUUGUGAAUUGAUUAGCAAGGGUAAUUUAUUGUUAAUUAUUAUUAUAUAGGGUAAUGCAUUAUACAAUUUGAACAAUUAUGAAGAAACAAUAGAAUGUAUUAAUGGAGCUAUAUCUACAUCUGUUGAGGCAUUUAUUAGUAAAGGUAAUUUAUUGUUUAAUAUAUUAUAUAGGUAUUGCAUUAUACAAUUUGAUACAUCUAUUGAUCUUAAAUCUGUUGAUUCAUGGACUAAUAAGUAUAAUUUAUUGUUUAUAAUAAAGAAGCAAUUCAAUGUUAGAAUGAUGCUAAAUCUAUUGAUGCAAGGAUUAACAAGGGUAAUGAAUUUUUAAAUAUUCAUUUAUAGGUAUUACAUUUAUACAAUUUCGAAUCAAUAUGAUGUAUGCAAUUAAAUAUUAUAAUUGUUCAUAGAUUAAAAAGGGUAAUUUAUUGUAAAAUAUUGAUAUAUAGGUAUUGUAUUACACAAUUUGAAUCAAUAUGAAGAAGUUAUGUAUUGA